AGUGAUUUCCAUUGUUUUACAAGUCAUGAAAACACUUCUUGGAUUUUUGAUACUUCCUGGGUUUGCCAAUUGUUUGAAUAUAUUGUUCUAUGUGUCUGUCAUCGCACAAUCACAUAUUCCUUUUCAUAAUACAGCCAUCAAAGUGUUGUUGGAUAGAGGGCAUACUGUGGAUCUAGUAAUUGCGCAGCUAAACGAAAUGGUAAAGCUUAAAUUUCCAAACGGAGUUGGUAAAAACUAUACAUUCGGAUACGAGGAUCCCAAUUUUUACCGCAAGAAUGCUGGUCAUCUUUCUGAUAUUUUUGUGGAAAAGCCAAUUCCGAUGGCUGAGUUCUUGACAUUUGAUGAUAUGACAUUUAAUCUGUGUGAAACUGUGGUCAAGGAUCCAAAUCUUUUGAAUUAUAUAAAACAGGGGAAUUAUGACAUUGGUCUCAGCAGUGAUUAUGAUCCAUGUGCUAAUAUUCUCAUGCAUGCUGGAGGGGUUCCAUCAAAAGCUAGCAUGGUUCCAACUCCUCUUUUCCAACCGCAAAUUGUUAGCGCGGGCCUUCCGUCACCAGCAAGUGUUUAUGGAACAGUUUUAUAUCCAAAAGGAGACGAUUCAUUUUUCAAUCGUCUUUUCCAUCUUAUCCGGCAUACUUACAAUAUUUAUUUUGUAGCUCCAAGAUUAAUGGAAAAAUAUAAUAAUUUACUUUUGGAAACUUUUGGUCCGACAUUCCCAAGUGCGGAGGAAAUAGAGAGAAAUGUGGAUAUUAUACUAGUGAAUAGCAAUGAAAUUAUUGAAAAACCACGUCCAGUUUCUCACAAAAUCAAGUAUAUCGGUGGAAUGGGGAAGAAAAAAGCUCAACCACUGAAUAAAGAAUUUAAUGAUAUCCUCGCUACAUCUAACAAAGGAGUAGUCCUUUUUUCAUUUGGAACUCAAGUAGCCACAUCUAAAGUUCCGAUCGAAAUUCGCAAAAACUUUGUGACCGCUUUCAAACAUUUCCCAGAUUUUUCAUUUUUGUGGAAAUAUGACAAUUUGACUGACGAUGCUGAAUUAUUUGCUGAUUCCUCGAAUAUUCAUAGAGUGGAGUGGUUACCACAAACUGAUCUAUUAGGAGAUAAUCGAGUGAAGGCAUUCAUUAGUCAUAUGGGAUUGAACUCUUUUCUUGAAACAUCAGCAGCCGGAAUUCCAGUUCUUGCAGUUCCUCUUUUCAUCGAUCAACAGCAUAAUGCUUUGAACGCAGUCUCACGCGACAUUGGUGUAAUCGUAGAGAGACAUCAAUUAACAGUUGAAAACUUAGUCAAUGCACUACAAAAGUUGUUGUAUAAUCCGAAAUAUGGAGAAAAUGCAAAAAUGAUUUCAAAAAUGAUGAAUGAGAAACCCGAACAAUCAGAGAGGCUAUUUGUUGAUUGGGUUGAAUAUGCAGCAAAAAAUCCAGGGCUUCAUAAAAUAAUGAAUCUCCCGGGAGCAGAACUAACUCCAUUUUGGUACUAUAGCGUUGAUGUUAUUUUAAUCGUUGUUCUAUCUUUGACGUCUUCUUUAAUAAUCAUUUGGAAAACAUUGAGCUUCAUAAAAUGUCAGAUUUCAAUUCGAUCAGUUCGAUCAAUUGAACCAAAAUCUAAAUCUGAAUAAUCUUAUCAGGCUUUAAUGUUUUCCUUUUCAAUUUUCGGGUCAAGAGUUUCCAGUUUUAAGAAUAAAAA